AUGGCGCCACUGUUGUACAAGAGUAACACAAGCCCUCCAGCGAACGCGGUGAGAAUGCUGGCUGACAUAAUUGGUCUGGAGCUUGACAUGAAGGAUAUAAACAUAAUUAAAUUGGAAAAUAAGUCGCCUGAACAUUUAAAGCGAAAUCCUAUGGGAACUAUCCCAACAUUGAUCGAUGGCGACUUCAUCAUCUCUGAAAGCCACGCCACCAUGAAGUAUCUGCUAUCAGUAUACAGCGGAGGUGAACUACGCGAGUCUCUGUACCCGAGCGACGUGCGCACGCGCGCCCUCGUCGACCAAUGCAUGUUCUUCAAUGCUGGAGUAUUCUUCUUGAAGCUCUUAGGGUGUAUUUUACCAGCUGUGUUCGGAGACCUAGAUGGUCCAACAGAGCAGCACAAAUUAGAAAUUGAUGCGGCAUAUAGCGUGUUGGAAGCGUACUUGAAAGAUCACAAGUACAUUGCUGCGAACCACUUGACAAUCGCGGAUCUUAGCGUUGGUGCAACUGCCAUAUCCAUACAAGUUGUCCAUAAGCUGGAUGCUGGGAAUUGUAACCGUUUCGAUUUCGACUCGGUCGGUAGUCGUCUACACGUUUUAAAAAUGAGUGUUUUAAGUGGUUUGAGUAAAGCUGACUUCAAAACUGCCAGUGAUGGACUGCUGGAACUGCCCGAGGAGCGGCUCCGCAGCCUCAUGCGCACAGAGCCCAUCACCUCCGUCUACCACGUCGAACAGACACCCUUUGCAAGGUAUUCGCAGAUUCUGUUUAACCACGUUGUUAUUACAUGCGAGUCCGGUUCUAUGAUUAAUCUAGGUAUGGUGAAUAACGACGGCGUCCUGAUGGCUGUGGUCGAUGGACUUGCCCUUCAUUCGCAAGGUCGUCGGGCAAAUGGUCACCUGCGACGGGAUCGCAGGCAGGCGUGCGCCGACCGCCGGUUGUGCAAUCAGUGCGACACCUCGGCGCACGUGGGCGAUCGCCUGCCGCUCGAGAACAAUCGAGCCUCUCAUUCAACAACACAGCCGCUGGAAUGCGGGCUUUUGAUAUCGUUACAAAACCAACAGUAA